CCCACAGACAACCUUGAGUCUGCAAGCGAUCUUCCUAUGUUAUAUAAGCACACCGAGAGGAAUUCAGAGCGCCAAGCUCAAUACAUUUAAAAUUCAACAUUUGAAGCAGAAAACUAGUUCAGUGCUACGAUCCAUUCAAACGGUUAUUUCCUCCAAAUUCAGAUCAAAACAGUUAGAAAUACAAAAUGUUCCAAUUUAAAUCUGUCCAACGUCUGAGAGUUGUCACGUUGCAACUGGAGUCAAUUCGAGAGCGGAACUGUUUCCUUCCUUAAGGACGGAACAUAAAGGUGUGACACCAGCGGAAGUAAACAGACAAAGGAACUCCGGUGAAAUGGAGGUUCGGUGAUAAGUCGCACUACGAGGUCCACCUGAGUCCCGGGCGGACCGGCAGUGCUGGAGGAGCUGCAGGAUAUGGAUGAUCCUCGCCAGGUUCUGAAUGUGUUCCGAACAGCUGCGGUCCAGUCUGCACAGCGAGACAUCCAGCGACACUCUGGCCCGGCUCAGGGGGAACCAGGACCUCCUCACAUUAAAGAGGAAGAGGAGGAGGAAGACGUCACAAACCUCCCCUUUAACAUUGUCGUUGUGAAGAGUGAAGAUAAUGUAGAGGCGUCACAGAGAGAGGAUGAGCCUCCAGCCGGCAGCUCACGACAGCUCAUGAAAACAGAAGAGGUCGACUGUGGAGGACCAGGGAUACGUCCCGAUCUUCACUCUGAGUGCCUGAGGUCGCUCUCUUCUGCAUCAGACACUGACGACAGUGAAGACUGGGGGGAAACGGGUGUCGCUCAGACUGGUUCCGUCUGUGAGGAGAGAGAUUCUGACCUGUCACUGACCUGCUCUGGAUGUGGAACCACAUAUUCCUCCAAGCGAGGACUGAGUCGACACAAAAAUAGUUGCAGUGGGGAAAAUUCAUUGUCCUGCUUGUUCUGUGGAAAAUGUUUCACUCAAAGAGGACAUCUGAAGACACACAUGAGAAUUCACACAGGAGAGAAACCGUUUUGCUGCUCGGAGUGUGGUCAGUGUUUCAAUCAGAGCGAACACCUGAAGAUUCACGCGAGAAUUCACACUGGAGAGAAACCAUUUUGCUGCUCGGUGUGUGGAAAGUGUUUCAAUCAGAGUGAACAUCUGAACAGGCACAUGAGGAUUCACACAGGAGUCAAACCUUUCAACUGCUCAGAGUGUGGGAAGUGUUUCACGGACAGACGGGACCUGAAGAACCACAGCAGGAUUCACACAGGAGAGAAACCUUUCUGCUGUUUGGAAUGUGGAAAGAGCUUCAAUCGUGGGCACCACCUGAAGAGACACGAGAGAAUACACACAGGGGAGAAACCAUUUAGCUGUUCAGAGUGUGGUAAAGGUUUCAUUUCGAAAAGUAAUCUGAAGAAACACAAAAGAGUUCACCUAUCAGAGACAGCUUCUGCUGCUCAAUAGACAGCAGGAUGUCUUUGUCCACACUUGACUCUCAUGGUUGAAGUCUUUCUUCCUCAAAUACAGACGGGAACCACUAUGCACUUGGACUUGUAGGGUGUUCUUAUCCAUGUUUGAAAUUGUGUUGUUGAUCUUAUAGCUUCAUUUAUUGGCGUCACGUGCUGUAACCGGAAAGAUCUUUGUUGAUGAUAGUUGUGAGGCCAAAGAGUCAAGUCAGAAGCUACAUCCACAGAUGUUGCAGUGGUCCUUCUUCAUUAGCUUGUAGUCCAGGUUCAGAAAUAUUAUCGGCAUCUGGUUCACGAUUGGGACCGAUCUAGGCUGAAAUGACUGGAUCCGAACAACCUGCCCGAUCCAAUGCAUAAAGCCAAAUGUCCUCAAUUUCAGUUGUUGAAAAGUUGUUUUGAUUUUAUUAUGGUGCAUCAAGCCAGGUGUACAGCUUCGUAUUUUUGUUUGCCAUGUCAUGCCAUUUGACGUUUUAAAACAAGCCAGAGCAGUUCAGUGCUGUGGUGCUUUUAGGGGUCAGUACCAGGCAGUUCAUAUAAAACUGUUACUAUAGUGAGGGCAGAUGAAAGGUUUUUCCCCACAAGCGUUACAAAUGUGUCUAUAUGUUUUGAUCCCUGAAUGCAGCUGUCGAAAACAGAAGUCUUCAGACCAUCAAACACCAGCAACUCACCUUUGAACCAAGAGAGCGUGAUAUCCUGAGACCACCUAUCACAAGUACGAAGUAAGAGACGCCCGAUAGAUAGGCACAAAUGAUUAAAGAUUCACUCAUUCAAGUCAUCAUACUCACUUUCAAUACUUUCAAUUGCACAAAGUCAUAAAGUUAGCAAUUGAAGGCAAAAGCAGGAACCAAAACUCCGUUAUCAUCUACUUCACUGUGGUUCUGACUCCAGACACCCAGAUGGUAAGUCACUUGUGAAAAAAGGAAGCUGUUACGUUCCUGAAUUACCGCGUUUUUCCUUCAACCACACUACCCUUGGUAACACUUCGUCAUUGGGAGCAGCUGAAUUUAUGUCCUCUGGGCAGAACCUAUGCCACAAUGAGGGCAAAUAAAAAUUUUCUCUCCAGAGGGAGUCCUCAAGUGUGAUUGUCUGUGUAAAACAUUUACCACAAUAAGAGCACCUGAACGGCCUUUCUCCAUUGUGACUUUUAAUGUGCUACUUGAGACAUUGGCUCAACGGUUUUUCACCUGAGUGACUUGAGCAUGUGGUCUUUGAGGCGUAAGAUCCUCGCAUAAAAUCUAUCGCAUUGAGCGCAGCUAAGGGGCUUCUCCCUAUUGUAAAUGCUCAAGUGAUCCAUCACAUUCUCUUCAUCUCAAAAUGUUUCCUGCAAACUGAACAUUCAAAGAUCCUCCACACAGGCUCAUGUGCCCAGUCUGUCUGGACUGUGAUGAACAUUUUCUCCCACAGCCAGCGCAGAUCAUUGGUUUGUAAUCAGCAUUGUCCUUCUUCUCACUGACAUGAACAUUUGGAUUCUACAGUAGGGACACGUCUUCUUAAACAUGAGAUUUUUGUGAGGAUAAUCUCCCUGACUUUUAAUUGGUGAGGAGGACAUGUCCUUCAGUUGAGCUGUGUAGGACAGGGCAGGGGUCGAAGGUAGUCGAGCAGGACUUGAGGAGGUUUAAGUUGUCUGCUCCAAUAUCCCCCUACAAAUCACCAAGUGUCCUUCCAUGUCAUCUCUUCUAAUAACUGUUUUUUCACAUGCAGGGCAAUGGAAAUGUGCUGCAGCCCUGCACCCAAGACCGCACCUGCAUAUGCUUU